AACUUCAUAUUUAGAGAUAUUUUUUGCCUGUUUUGUCUUCCAAUCUAGUUGGUCUAGUUGACGAUGCCGAGUUUUGAAGUUGGAAUUCUGAUUUUUUUGUUAUGCAAUGCACUAGUUACAGCAAAUACAUUUCCGAAGACUGGGGUUGAUGAUAAAGUAUACGAAAUGGAGACUGAAUAUGGCAGAUGCAUUGCUGGUAUCGUGAAACCGUUGGAUGAAGUUGUUUAUUGCGUCAAUAGUCAUGGAAAACAAGGAAUUUACAUGAUCAAUAGCACCAAUGAAAUGGAAUGCCUUCUGUGUUGCCGCGGAUGGUUCCACGAGUAUAGAUACUGGCAUAAAAUGGGGUGUACUUCUUGUUCGUCAUCAGGAAUAACCGAGGAGCCAAACAUUGAUUCAGGUUGCCAACCAGUACGAAAAGCUCCCCAGAAUGUUGCUGAAGGUGGCGGCUCACAACCUCCUGCUAUAUUGAAUCCACCAGGAGAUGAACCUGAUGACAUAAAGACCCCUGCAACACAAGACAACAUGACUGCCCCAGUGACAACAGCACAGCCAAUUAUUGAAAAUCUGACACCACCGAAUGCUAUCGAAAAUCUGAUCUGUGAAAAUUUGUAUUCUAAAUUUCCUGUUCGAAAAUCAUCUGUCCUUGUGACAUGGAACGGUUCUGAAAAUGCUGAGCAUUAUGAGGUGAUAUUAACAUCUAAGGGCAGCUCGCAAUUUUAUGAAGUUGGAACUCCUGCUUUGGACGUUAAAGAUUUAGAACCAGAUACCAAGUAUAAAAUUGUAGUGAUAGCUGCAAACAAGGCGGGGAAGAGCACAUCAACUUCGAUUGAUCACCAUACUUGGAAGUUAGCUCCACGGUACCCUCUCACAAAGGUUCAUUUCACAGUUACUGGAUCGAUUAUACAUGGAUCUUGGAACAUUCCUGAAGGCAGAGCUGAAGAGGAACCAUUGUUAGGUUAUAAGGUGCUACUGAAAGAUUUGGAUUCAAAAAAGAAGCUAUCAUUCCUAUUUGAGGAGAGUGAAUGCACUAUCCAAGUUGAGGAAAACAGAACAUUCUAUGCGACUGUUCUUCCUUAUAACAGGGCUGGUAACGGACUACCAUACGCAUCCUCGUAUGUUCAAACUUAUGCCAACUCAGGAUCUGCCACUAGCAAACUUUUCUCACUGGGAGCACCUAUAUAUUGUUAUAUCCUCGCCAUGAUUGUGAAGUUUUUACUAUGCAACUAGAUGAAUUUUUUUGAUCAAAUAUUUUAUAUUUUUUGACUUUUUGAUAAGCCUCGAAUAGUGCCAGAUGAUCAAAAGUAUGUGGUAGUGAAAUAUAAAUCCGUUUCACCCUCCGUUUCCAAAUCGAUUUGAUUUUUUACUUAGUGGUAAAAAGAGCAUAUAAGAAUAUUUUAAGUAUUUUUCAAUUUUGUCAAAUUCCUGUAUGUUAUAACGUCCUUCAAUGGCCUUUUGCUGUACAAUUAUGUUUUGCACUUUUCUUCAGUUUAAAUUUGGAAUUUAAUUCCUUUAUGAUCUUCAAUGUGAUUUGUAAUUGUUUCAAAUUUAAUUUAUUUGUGAGUGGGAUGUAUUGAUUAAGCUUCCCUGAACCAUUGUGCCUUAUGAUACUGGAAGCCACUUGAAAGCAUUAUUUGUGUUGUGGCUAUUUUGUUGGUGUACCUGUGUCUAAUGUUGUAUUUGUGACAAUCACACUUACAAAUCUGUGAAUUCUUCAUUUUUCUCUUCGCCAUUUUUUUUUCACCACACUUAUACUUUUGGGAGUUAUUUGAGAUCUGCUGGUUUUAGUACUGCGUGUUUUCAACUUGCACAGAAACAUUUUGAUUUUUAGAUACAAUCGUUGCUUAUGUUACCUGUACUUGUACUUGUUUAUUUAUCAUGUAUGCUUUUAGGGGCUAUUUUUUCCAAUGUGCAACAUAGGUCGUUCUGUGAUGAUUUUUGCAAUAUAUGUAUAUUUCCAGAAAAUCAAUAAGAUUUUUUAAUGCCAUAGCCCGUUUUUAAUGUUCCUGUGUCAUUGUGUAUAAUUUAGUUGGAAUGCAACAAUUUUACAUGCCAUAUCAUAACUGAUUCAUUGUGUUUGCUCUUUAUACUUUUUCUUAGGCAAUUUGUUUAUUAUAAUUUCACAUGGCAUCGAUAGCAAAAAAACUGAAUGCGAGAUUUGAAAACAUUGCCAGGGUAAUUGCUUGUUUUCUUAUGAUUUAUAUUUUCUGUUUAUUUUAUUGUAUUUUCAGAAUAGGAUGUUAGUUUCCCUUGCCACACUAACAGUAUUUAUCUUUUACCGAUGGUGUUGAUAUUGCUGUUCAUGAUAUUGAAUAACAUUGCACAAUUUGAAUGCUGUGUAUGAUUGUUUCUAAGUUUCUGUUCCUGCCUGAUGCGCUUACUACUAACACAUUGCUUCCAGUAACUUUACAUAUCUUGUAUCUUAUGUAUUUUAACAUGUUUUAUUGAUAAAACCUUCUCAUUCAUUUGUAAUAAUAAAUCCGAAGGUAUAAUCUUA